AAUUUGAAUUGUAUAUUGUCCAGCGCGAUGUUCGAAUUAGACGUUUCUUAAAGUUUUGGGUUGUUGCGUAAUCAUGCUAGUGGUGCGGACAUUUUGAAAUCAUAUCCUUGAUCUGAUCGUGCAUUUUAUGGGUGUAAAUGGGCGUUUUGUUGAUGAAUCACAACAAAUGGUAAAAUUAGGUAAGAGGAGCUGGAAAACGCACUUGUUGAAACCAUUAUCAUGGACUCCAAAUAGUAAAGCAAAACAAGCAAAUACCUGCUGGGUGCAACUGUCUGGUCAUCAAGGUAGCCUAAUAUCUAAUGGUAAAGGAAGCGUUUUAAAACGUUAUUGCCAAAGUGAAGCCCAAUGUUUACUACAGCUCCAGCUAGAUAUACUCAGAUCAUUUGUCCCUAAAUAUCAAGGCGAAAAGCUGCUCGAUGGUGAACGUUACGUAAAAAUGCAGGAUUUGCUGUACAAUUUUAAAUCACCAUCAAUAAUGGACUGCAAGAUUGGACAACGUACUUUUUCAGAAAGUGAGGUCAUUGGAGACUCUUCAGAAAAUAUUCGAAAAGAUCUCUACUUGAAAAUGAUGUCUACUUCGCCUAAUGCACCGACUGAAAGAGAACAUCGUGAAAAAGGUGUUUCGAAAGUACGCUAUUUGCAGUGGCGUGAUACAAUUAGCUCAACGGCUGAGUAUGGUUUUCGCAUUGAAGCAAUCAAGACUUUUAGUGAAUCCACUCGAAAAGAUUUUCAACACACUCAUACAUGGCAUGAAAUAAUAAAUCACUUUAAAUUAUUCAUACAACACCGUAAAAUAAUUGCUCAAAACUAUUUAAUCCGAUUAUUAAAGUUGAGAACUAUAUUGGAAGUUUCCGAUUUCUUUGCCAAACAUGAGAAGAUUUAGAACUUUCGGGUUAGAUUUUUGAACGGGAUUGUAAAAUAUGAAUUUGUUCUUUUUUAUCGGCUCUUCAUUAUUAUUUGUUCAUGAUCAAUCAGGCUAUGCUAAUAUCUGGUUAAUUGAUUUCGCUAAAAUAGCCAGUCCAUCGAACAAUCAAAUUCGUGUAAAUCAUCGUUCUGUAUGGAAACCUGGCAAUUAUGAGGAUGGUUAUUUAAUUGGAAUUGAUAAUUUAGUGAAAUUAUUCGAAGAAAUUAUUCAUGAAUGCCAGUAGUUCCAGAUCUCAUAGAUUAUUCCCUUUUGUUUUUCCGUUUCCAUAUCUUUGCUAGUGUUUAUAUAUAUAUCGGAAGAACAUUACGAUUUAUAUCCGGUUUAUUAUACAAUAUUCACAUUUCCCAUUUUUUACGUUGACUUCAUAGAACUAAUUGAUCUGCCCAUAGAACAACUAUCGUGUUGUGCAUUGACUCAAUAAUAGUGAGCUUUUCCAUUUUGUGUUUGUUUAUUACUCCUUGAUCGUAUCCACUUUUCCCCUCACCUUUUGAUGGCAACAGUACAUUACAAAAUAAAUUAAAGCAACAGAUCGCUUGAAAGAAACAUCUGUUUGUUUUUUUCUACGUUUUCAUGUUUGUUUGUUUUUAAAAUUGAUUUACUUGAGAAUCAAAAUUGUCUUCACAAUGUAUGUAAGACAGUUUCAAUAUCUUUUUUACUUGUGAUUUAGACAUAUUUUUGAUAAAUGAAAUAGUUUUUUGUUCAAAUGUUUUCAUCAUCAAAUGUAUUUCGCCACAUCUAUUUUUUUCUAGAAUUAUUUUUUGUUUCUUUGACACAGUACUAGUAUUCUCAAUAUUGAUUUGUUAUUGUAACAUAAGUUUAUCGAUUUCAAGCACAUUCCAACUAUGCCAAUUUGUACAAUUAUAAAAUGUUGUGUUUC